AACCUGGCUGGCCUUAUAAAAGUCAGUCCUCAACAAAAGCUGUUAUCAGAGAUGUUAGGGAUGCAGACCUAACAGCUUUCACGUUUGCCUGCUAAACUUCUAUUCCUUAUUCUUAUUAUAUGAUAUAAGUGAUAUAGGGUCGAGCGAAAACAUCAGCGAGGAGAGCUCUUGAAGUGUUACGAUUGAAAUCAAUAGUCAUAUAAAAAUGAAGGCCAAUCGAGACAUGGAGCUCCCUGAAGACUUCUGGAUACCCGUCCCUCUGGACACCAAUAACAUCACGGCACUCAGUCCCUUCCUGGUGCCUCAGGACCACUUAGGGGGCUCGGGCACCUUCUACGCAAUGGCAGCAUUCAUGUUCUUCGUAUUCACGGUCGGCACUGCCAUCAAUCUGCUUACAGUCGCGUGCACCAUCAAGUACAAGAAGCUGCGGUCCCACCUCAACUACAUCCUGGUGAACUUGGCUGUGGCGAACCUUCUUGUGUCCUGUGUGGGCUCCUUCACUGCCUGCUGCUCCUUCGCAAACAGAUACUUCAUCUUUGGACCCCAUAUGUGCAAGAUUGAGGGUUUCAUGGCAACACUUGGCGGUAUGGUCAGUCUGUGGUCUCUAGCUGUGGUAGCUUUUGAAAGAUGGUUGGUCAUCUGCAAGCCACUCGGUAACUUUGUGUUCAAGCCCGACCACGCUAUAGCUUGCUGUGUGUUCACCUGGGUUUUUGCACUGAUUGCCUCAGUUCCUCCAUUGUUCGGAUGGAGCAGGUACAUCCCUGAAGGCCUGCAGUGCUCCUGUGGUCCCGACUGGUACACCACAAACAACAAAUACAACAAUGAAUCCUAUGUGAUGUUCCUGUUCGGCUUCUGCUUCGCUGUUCCCUUCGCCACCAUCAUCUUCUGCUACACUCAGCUGCUCAUCACACUGAAAAUGGCAGCGAAGGCCCAAGCUGAGUCUGCCUCCACCCAGAAGGCAGAGCGGGAGGUGACCAGGAUGGUGGUCGUCAUGGUGCUGGGCUUCCUGGUGUGCUGGAUGCCUUACGCCUCCUUUGCCCUGUGGGUUGUGAAUAACCGAGGGCAAUCCUUCGACCUGAGGCUGGCGACCAUACCUUCCUGCUUUUCGAAGGCCUCUGCAGUCUACAACCCACUUAUCUACGUUGUCUUAAACAAACAGUUCCGUUCAUGCAUGUUGAUGAUGCUCGGGAUGGGUUCAGCUGAGGAGGAGUCCUCAACAUCACAGUCAGUGACUGAAGUCUCCAAAGUUGGACCUGCUUAGACCCAACACUGUGACUGUUGUCCUCUCUGCCACUGAUGAUCGUGUGUUGUAAAUAAGAAUAAAUGGAUGAGUAUUUUGCCACAUGAAAAGAUGUAUUCUGUAUAUGCAAUGUUGCAACUCAAGUGAGAAAUCAUACUAUCUGCAAAGUGAAAAAUAAAAUAAAAAUUACAAACAAG